UGAAUUCUUGGUUGAACAGGCGAGAAUUCGUUUUGAAGGUCAUGUCUCAGGUGUUUGAGUUUUGCGUCUCAGUCUUCAUAUAUUUAGUGCAGUUUUAUUCUAUAUUUGAUAUUUAUUACACUUCGCCAUUAACUCAUGGUUCGGAUCUGGUUCCUCUUAAUAUCAGUGCUCCUGCAACACAUGUCAUAUUCAUCGUCUCAGAUGGCCUAAGAGCGAAUAAAUUAUUUGACCAUGAUAUGAAUCACACACCAUUUCUUAGAGAUGUUCUCACACACCGUGGAUUAUGGGGUGUAUCACAUACACGAGUGCCUACAGAAUCAAGACCUGCACAUGUCGCUAUGUUGGCCGGAUUUUAUGAAGACGUAGCUUCAAUAACUAAAGGAUGGAGAACCAAUCCUGUGGAAUUCGAUUCUGUAUUGAAUCGUUCUCUUUCAGCGUGGAUUUGGGGUUAUCGAGAAGUAGUUAUGUCAUUUGUAUCACCAUCUACACAACAUAUCAAAGCAACACCUUGUCCAGAUGAAUUAAGUGAUUUAACUAAAACAAAUCCUACAGAAAUUGAUCGAUGGGUAAUUAAUCAAUUCAUGGAUUUUAUUGAUCAAUCUGAAGAUUUCUUUAAUGAUGUUACUGGCAAGUCGAAUGACUAUCGUCAAGGUCGUAUGGUAUUUCUACACUUAGAUGCAGCUGAUAUGGUUGGCCAUUCGUUUAAGCCGAAUUCCCCUGAAUACAUUACAGUUCUUGAACAUUUGGAUAAAGCAGUUUUACAAGUUUAUCAAAAGUUAACUGAAAAAUCUCGUGGGACAAAUGCACGUAUUGCUUAUAUUUUAACCUCUGAUCAUGGAAUGACUGAAUGGGGAAGUCAUGGAUCAGGUUCUCUUCAUGAAACAAUAACACCUUUGUUAAUUUGGGGAUCUGGUAUUGUUGGUCCUGUUGAAAUUAAAACUGAUACGGAAAAAUUAUCAAACAAUGUAAAAGAUGCAUACGGUCUACCGUUACACAAUUAUGAACGUCUUCGAAGAGAAAUUCAACAGGCUGAUUUAUGUCCUUUAAUGGCUAGCCUUUUAGGCGUUCCAAUUCCAAUCAAUUCUGUAGGUCAGGUUCCUGUGGAAUUUUUGAAGAUUCCUGAAUCUGAUAAAGUGAAAUUAGCACGAGCCAAUUGGUUACAAAUAUAUAAACAGCUAAAAAUUAAAUAUGCUGAAAAAAGGAAGUCCCACUUUUCUCUGUUGUUCCGUGAAUUCCCGAGUUUGAAAAUAUCGCAUAUUGAUAAAACAGAACAAGAGUGUGAAAUGCUCAUUUCAUCAGGACGAUACACUGAAGCUAUUCAGAAGUAUAGACAAUUAACCACUUUGGCAUUAGAAGGUCUCGCCUAUUACCAUAAAUACGAUAGGUUAUAUUUAGGAUUGUGUGUAUCAACGACAUUCUGUCUUUGGAGUCUAGUGAUACUCUGUCGUUUAUUUGGCGCAAAUGACAGUGUAAAUCAUAACAAGUACCAGAAAUACGUUAACAGUUUUCAUUGGAAAUUAAUCAACUGUAUUAUAGUUGGUUUCUCUAUGGUCGUUAUGGCUUUCGCUUCUUCAUGGUCUUUAGGACCUACUAUAUAUCAAUUGGUCCCACUUUUAACAGCACUGUCGAUGAGUUAUUCAACAACUCGACGGAAAGAGUUAUUAGCCCUGAUGGAUUAUAUAGUGACUGGAUUGUGGACCAAUUCGUCAGUGUCAACAUUCUCAUCUAUUUGUUCGAUUACUAUAGCUACCAUUUUCUUGCUUGAACUUCUUGUGUGGGGAUUUUUCUAUCGUUACUUACUUUCUUUGGCUUGUUUAUUGUUUGCUGCCUGGCCUUUUAUAGAUGAAUCAUUUAGAGUGCAUGAUAAGAUUAUUUCAUCCCUUUGGUGCUUUUCAUGCUGUUGUUUGGCAAUAUUCCCUAUGCUACCUGUUAUCGGAUCAGAAAGUUAUCCAACAUUUGUACUUAUAAAUGGCCUUAUUCUUGUACCCAUAGUGAUUAUUUCUUAUCGUAUGUUAUCACAUUCUUCAGACUAUCUUCAUACAGGGCUUGGUUAUCUGUUUGGUCUUCUUAUUUGUCUUUCAAGCUUUGCUGUUUACCUAAUGAGUUUUACAAGUAUACGUGCUGGUUCAUUGAAAAUAUUUAUUCAUUUAUUUAGUUGGUCUGUGAUUAUACUUCUACCCUUGUUAGUUAUUCUUCUCGUACCAACACGACUUGGUUCUCGAUUAAUUGGUUGGACAGUGGUGUAUCUUGUCCCACUUAUAUUGAUGAGCACUUUCUAUGAAGUUGCCUUCUUUGCUGUAUUCGCUAUAGUCACUUAUUUAUGGCUUUAUAUUGAAGUCGAGUCAAAAAGUUCAACAUUAAAGAAUAAAGUGAAAAUUUGGGACCUGGUGACAUCAUCUGACAACAGUGUUUUAUCUGAAGAGUAUAAGUAUGCAGAAUCCAACAAAAAUUUGCUUCAUCGAAAGAAUUUUCGUCAAUCACUGUUUUUUAUAUUUCUUCUGACAGUUUCAUUUUUCGGUACUGGAAAUAUUGCCAGUGUGAAUAGUUUUGAUCCACGUUCAACAUUCUGUUUUACAACGAUAUUGAAUCCUGCUUUGAUGGCUGUUUUCCUCUUAAUAAAGGUGAUCAGCCCUAUGCUCUUCUUGGGUGUAAUAUACGCAGCUGUACAGUUAUUCAGUGACAAUUCAUCGCAAUCCUUGUUUACACCUGAAAAAAUCAAUCUACAGGCAAAAUAUGAAUACAACUCAAUUCUAAUGCAUACUGGUCUAACUGCUGUCUUGUCUAACGUGAUAGCUAUUCACUUUUUUCUAUGGUUAAGAGAUGAAGGCAGUUGGUUGGAUAUUGGAACAAGUAUUAGUCAUUAUGUUAUUGCUAUGUCUAUCAGUCUGGCUGCAUUCCUGUUUGCAUUGUUAGGCAAAAAAAUGUUAAGUGCCUCGACAGAUAUUAGAGUAUUUAAUCUUGUUAAAGUAACUGAUAAAUAUGUAUAA